AUGGCCAACCCACCGCACCGCCAGGUCCGAACAGCAGCAGGACCCGGUGCUGCAUCUCCCGCUUCAGGCUCUCAAACAACCCUCCAAACCGACUCCACUCCCUCAGCAACACUACGCCUACGCGGUGCUUCAGCAGAGCCAUCUCAACCGAGACGCGUAGUCUGGGCCGAAGAUGUGAUCGACAACGAAGGAAUGGGCAAGAAGUCCUCAAAAGUCUGCUGUAUCUACCACAAACCUCACGAACCAGGCGACUCGGACUCAGAAGACAGCUCGAGCAGCGACAGUGGAUCUGACAGCGAACCAGAUCUGAGCAGGGCACAGAAGGCAGGCGGCAAGGGGAGAGGGAGGAAGCAUGAGCAUGGAGACGGCGGGGAGCAUGGGAAGGGAAAGGAAAAGGGGAAUCAAAGGAAACCAAGUCCGAAUGCGUAUGAGAGGCAGCCAAAGUACAAGGGAAAGAAGGAGAGCUGA